AUGGCCCACCAGAAGACUCAGACGUUUGAAGACGAACUGCCGCUUGCGCGAAGCCUUCCCGAAUUAGAUGACCUUCGCAUGGCCGGCAAGCUGACCGACUUAACCAUAGAGCUACAAGACAACGCCCUACUGCAUGCACACAGGGUUGUCUUGGCUUCCCGUGUGCCGUCACUAUGUGAUACCCUAUGUGGAACGACUACAAAAGGCCAGACUGAGGUGCUCAAGUGGCCAAAAUUUUCUUCAGAAGUUGCUACAGCAUUCGUGGAUUAUAUUUAUAGAGGCCAGCUUAAAGUCAACGAAGCCAAUGCGGUCGGUUUGAUUAUGCUGUCACAAGAACUCGAAAUACGGCAAGUGGAAGCCUGGUCAGUGAGUUUUAUGGCUUGCAGGCUGAAUUCUGAAAACAUUGCAAAUAACUGGGCGCUUGCACAGUUACUAAAAAGUGACAUGUUAAGCGCCGCCUGCCUGAAUUACAUGAAGUGGACCUUUGAGGUCACAGUUGCCAGCAAUUUAUUCAUUCAGCUGCCAUCUGACGCUCUCCUCUCCCUGCUGUGGGCAGAUGACCUUCAAGUGGACAGUGAGGAGACCGUCCUCAAUGCGAUCGGACGAUGGGUCAGUCCACUCGGCGAAGUGGAUGAAACACGAUUGCUACACGCGGAGGCAAUGAUGAGGCAUGUGCGGUGGAAUCAAAUUAAUGUCGAAAUCCUACACCGGUUACGUGAUGAUGACAAGGGCUUCUGGAAUAAAAAUGUGGGAUGUUCUGAGAGAGGCACAUCACAGAAGCUAAUGGACGUUAUGCCCGGAUUGGAUCUAGCCUUUGCGGCCAGUAAAAAUUGCAUCUUUGUAAUUGUCGGAUACGAGCAGGACGGCAACUAUACAUACGUUGAUAAAUUUGAUACGAGGGAACACCGAUGGGCGGAAUGUGCACCGCUUGCCGAGUGGCUGGAGAAGCAUGCAGCAGUAGCUGUCUCAGUUGGUGAAGAGACCGUGAUAUGCGUGUGUGGAGGCAGAAACAACAAAUACAUGUACAUUGACGCAUGUGCGCUCUAUUCUCCGCAAGAAGACAGGUGA